CGAGUACUCCUUCGCCGUCCCCUUUCUGGGCCGUUUUGAUGCGUUUACCAUAAGUGUCAGUAUAUGAGUGCAGUAGAAUUUCUGUGUCGGCUGAUUUGAAAACAGAGAUGCGAGUGUCGGCUGGCUGACCGCAGUGAGGAAUAUGAUGUUUCCAGCACUUCUGGCCCUCAAAAAAUAGAUGGGAGCCCAAUGUGGCCCUACUUGUAAGAGCUUGUAGCAAAACGAGGCCCAAAACCCAGAGAACCAACCUCGGCAUUUUGUGCGACGCUCCAGGCAAGGUGUAAUCUGGAUGUGAUCCUAAAGUGACCAAGGAGGUUGUGCGUGAAGGCACCAUCAGUCCUGUCUGACGGGUGCAGCUGAUCCGAGUGAGGAUGAUUCAGUAUCACCUGAGGCUGCACCAGCACCAGUAGCACCACUCCCACCAGCACCUUCACCACCAGCAGAGACACUUUCCGUCUCAUGUGAGGCAGCGGGGAGCUUCAUGUCUGGAUGGAGGAGACUCUGACGCACACACACCGCGGCCAUGGAGAGCAGCACGUCCAACACCUGCUACUACAGCCACAACGUCACCUUCUUCUACAACCUGGUGGGUAAGAAGAUCAGCGUGGCCUGGACGACGCGGGACUACGUGGUGAUCGGUCUGGGCCUGACGGUGUGCUUCAUCGUCGUGCUGGCCAACCUCAUGGUGAUGGUGGCCAUCUUCAUGAACCGACGCUUCCACUUCCCCAUCUACUAUCUCCUGGGCAACAUGGCAGCGGCGGACCUGUUUGCCGGCGUCUCCUACGCCAACCUGAUGCUGAACACCGGCCCCUGGACCAGCACGCUCACCAAGGAGCAGUGGUACACCCGCGGGGCCCUGAUCGACAUCAGCCUGACGGCCUCUGUGGCCAACCUGCUGGCCGUGGCCGUGGAGCGCCACCAGACCAUCCUCACCAUGCAGCUGCACAGCAAGAUGAGCAAGCGCCGGGUGGUGCUGCUGAUCGUCUGCAUCUGGGCCGUGGGCAUCGCCAUGGGCCUGGUGCCCUCCAUGCUGUGGAACUGCGAGUGCCAGCUGGACGACUGCUCCACCGUCGCUCCGCUCUACAGCCGCCGCUUCCUCGUCUUCUGGGCGGCUCUGAACCUGCUCACAUUCUUCAUCAUGGUGGCCAUGUACACCCGCAUCUUUGUCUACGUGAGAUACCAGAGCCUGUACGUGUCUCAGCACAGCUCGGAGCACGGCCAGACCGUUUUCAACCUGAUGAAAACCAUCUCCAUGGUUCUGGGCGCCUUCGUGAUCUGCUGGACCCCCGGCCUCAUGACCCUCCUACUGGACGGGCUUCUGGGUAAAGACAGCCACGCCAACGACUACGAGAAGUUCUGUCUGGUGAUCGCCGAGUGCAACUCUCUGGUCAACCCGGUCAUCUACUCCCUGCGGGACGAGGAGAUGCGCAGGACGUUCAAGAGGAUCCUGUGCUGCCUGUGUGGGAGAGGCGGCGGCCGGCAGAGGGAGCCUCUCCCUCUGGAGAUUGACUCUCCGCUACCAGAGGAGCCUCUCCACUGUGUCCACAAAUCCGAUGAUCCGACUUUGUGUUUGUCUCAAGACACCAACAAUAAAGAAGACGGUUGGACAAUGGCGGGGAAUGACAUAUCAACCUAGGAGGCACCCGGGAGAUGCGACGGCGUCUCGUGUCGGCGGAGGUUGAUCUCGGAGGAACAGAUGUGUUGACGACUACUGGGGCAGCACUUUGGUACAAGCAAGGUGAGCAGAGCUCCCUGGUGAUCGACUGUAUCGACGGUUUGGCUGCAAAUGCCAAGGCUUCAAGAGAUACAGGCAAUCACACACAGUUUCCCAACGCAAAGGAUCGAGUGCAGAGGUCAACGGCACAUGGACAAGCUGUGUGAGUACUGUGUGAAGUCAACGUGCAUUUACACAUUAUGUACAGACAUCAUGAUCAUCGACACAGCUGGGUCAGUGGUUUUUUCAAAAAGUCUGUGAUGGCGAAGAUGUUUCGGUCUGAGUGACGGAGUGUCCGAGCGCUGGAGUGGAGCUGUGGAAGUGGAGGAGGGAGCGCUCCUCCUGACUGCGGUUCGGCUGUCCUGUGUUCCAGCACAGUGUGUGUUUAUGAAAUGCAAAAAACAGGCCGGUGAGACUGUUUACUUGAGAGACAAGGGAGUGUUGAAGAGCGGGGGAGGGGGGGGGUCAGAGGAUGGUGGUCAGAGCAGACCACGGUGGGAAUGAAGAGAUGGCAGAGGGAGCCACCGGAUCAGUUGGAGGUGUCGGAGUGGACGCUGCCAGGAGGACCAGGAGGGGAGGUGACCGAGGGAGGGUUGGUGGUGUCCUGCCAGCUGUUAGCCUGCAAACAGACGGGGAUACGAGUGUUGAGCAUAAAGAACAAGUUCAAUCUAAACUUUGAUCUGAGUUCUGAACUUAGGGCUUAAAGUAAGAUACAUUUUGUGCCUGAAAUGUAAAAUAUAACCUUGGCAUUCAGUCUGAAAACCAUUCAAUAAAGUGACUCUUCACUUUCAAAAUGUUUGAAUAUAUUUAUACACUAGCUUGCAGCGUUUUUGAGAACUAAACAUGUUUCUGUCCCAAACAUCUUCAGUUACUACUUGGAUAGAACAAGGGGAUGACAACUCUCACCGAUAUUGAUUCUUAUCAGUUCUUUUUGUUAUUUCUCAAGAAAAGGGAAACAAAUUAAGUGAAUAUUUAUGGUUUACUUCAUAAAUUCUACAUGAUCAUUUCAUCUCAGAUUAACUGAGCUCAUACAAGAUGAGACAGUUUUCACAGCCUCCACACACAAACACUUUCUAUUUGAUUUGACCCUAAUGUAAUAAAAUGUAAUGAGACCAAACUA